CUUUUCUGUUACACCACAGUCAUACCGAAAGGGUUGUGUGAGUUUGGAAAUCUAAUGGCUCAACAGGUAUUACUGAAUUCAUGUCCACCUCAACAUGUAUCGCUUCAGCGGUUCAGAAUUUUGAAGCCAUCGAUAUGGGUCACGAAACCGAAUAUCGUUUCUUCACCAUCAGUUUCUACCUCAGCUCCUCUUCGCUGCGUGUCGUUUUGCUGCAACUCUAGCGCUACCUCUUCCGUCGAAUCCAAUUUACCCUCUUCAGCCAAAAUCUUCGUCAAAGGGCUACCUCACUCAACCUCUGAAGGAAGAUUGAUGAAGGUGUUUUCAGAGUUUGGAGUAGUUAAUCUCGUCCAGCUUCCAAUAGAUGAAGAAUCAGGAAAGUCUUUAGGAUUUGCAUUUAUUUGGUUUGUAAAGGAAGAGUCUGCGCAAUUGGCUGUCCAAGAGAUGAAUGGAAAGUUUUUUGAUGGCAGAUUUAUUUAUGUUACAAUUGCAAAGCCUGGACCAUCAAACAAUUCGAAGAGGACAACAGCCUACAAAUUUUAAUCAUAUGAGCAGUUGUUGAAUUUCGACACUAUAAUUUCCUUGAUGGAACGGCUAAACAAUAUUGGAUCACUUGAGGGGUCUAAAGUUCAAUGCUACACAUUCUACUCCAUAGCCCCAGAAUGAGAGACCCUUUGAUUUGAAAAGUUACUAAAAUUUAUCGCAAAAAGAAUCACUAAUGUGUGGGUAUACAUAGUAGCCUUUCUAUAAACCAAAAAUAUACUUGGAAGUUGGUGAUCAAGAACAAGAAGCAGGGGUCAAUAUGGAAGAAGAUCCACAAGCCAGGGUCUUCUCCAAAGAUCCCAAAGACAAUCUCCUCUUCCUCAAGGGUGAGUUUAUUCAUUUGAGAGACUAUCUUUGACCAUAUAAAAAACAAUUUUCUAUUAAGAGCAAAGUUGCUCAAACAUAUCACUAAUGUCAUGUCUUUUUGGUAUUGAAUCUUCCAAUUUAGUGAUGUUAAGUAUGUCCUGUAUAUCUCUUACUUACAACCAGUCGCAGAAAGAAAUUGAGGUUCUCCAUUUAUCUUUUAAGUAAGCAGUUCCUCAAGCUAUGAUGAAACAAAUUGGCUCGGCACUGCUAUCCACUGGUUGGUUUUAUUUAUGACCUAUCAAUUGUUGCCUUUGAUUUAAUUGAAAGCAUCUUUUCAAA